CGGGGGAAGAGAGAGGGAGGGAGUGGCAACGAGAAUGUGGUUUCUCCGCCAGCCUCCGCUUCACAUGCUCAAGCUCGACUUGCGUUGCCCGCCUGCACGCUCGAUCGUCGCAGUAGGAGGAGGAGGACGAGCACCAGAACGACGACGACGAGGAGAAGAACAAGGAGGAAGACGGCGAACGCUUCCAAGAGGAGGAGGAGGAGACCGAGCCCGAGUCGAAAGGGACACGCUGCUAUCGGUCUCAGUAAAACCGGGAUUGGGAGUGUGUAGGUGGAGGGUGCAUGAGGCCUAGAGUCUACGGUCUGUGCUUUGGGACAUGCAGCUUAGAACUGGCACUGGAAACGGAGAGAUGGCUACUCGUCGGCCCGCAGGCCUUCCCCCUGUGGGGGCACCACCAUUAAGAGGCGGGUUUCCUGUGGAUUAUGGUCCACGAGUAGAUGACAGACGUCAAGGCUUCUCAUCUUCUACUUCUCGUCCUGCCCACAAUGGAAGAGAUGAUCUCGAAGACACACCACCCUCCAGACAUUUGUGGAUAGGGAACGUGUCUCAAGAUGCCUCAGAGGCAGCCAUCAGAGACAAGUUUUCUCAAUUUGGGGAUGUUGACAGUGUUACAGUAUACUCCUCUAGGAACUAUGCUUUUGUCAACUUCAGAAAUCUUGAAGACGCUGUGGAGGCGAAGACUCACCUUCAAGGCUUUGUGCUGGGGGGUAUGGCCAUUCGUAUUGAAUAUGCUAAAGGGCGUAUGAUGAAAUCUGAGCCAGCGAGAGAGCGGGGGGCUGAUUCUGAUUACACCAAAAAUAUGGAGGAACAAGUUGCAACACGAGCUACGCAAAGCCGUCAUCUUUGGGUCGGAGGGAUUAGUUCGAACGUAACCAAGGAGCAGAUAGAAGGGGAAUUCAGGAAGUAUGGAGUGCUUGAAGACUUCAAAUUAUUACGAGAGCGUAAUUGCGCUUUUGUGGACUAUGUGAGGAUGGAGGAUGCUGUUAGUGCAGUAGAAGCACUCAAUCGGAAGCGCAUUGGUGAAGAGGAGUUGCGUGUAGAUUAUGGACGAUCCCAGCCCUCGAAAAGAGAUUCACGGGGAGAACAAAGAGGCUCGCAAGAUGGUUACAGUACGCAACAUGGAUCGCAGGGAGGUGCGGGAAAUGGGGUGGAAGGGCGCGUUAAAGCGGAUAAAGAUGGAGGUCCUAGUGAAAUCCUAUGGGUAGGAUUUCCCCUGCCUUCGAAAGUUGACGAGGAUGGAUUACGAAGGGCUUUCAUGCCAUAUGGUGAGGUUGAACGCGUGAAGACCUUUCCAGGGCGUACGUAUGCAUUUGUCCAGUUUCAAAAGGUUGAAGAGGCUACGCGUGCAAAGAAUGCGUUGGAUGGGAAACUUUUUGAUGAUCCUCGUGUGCACAUUCGAUACUCAAAGAGCGAGAUUGGUCCCAUAGAUAGUCCACGGGAUGGCCCUCCGUCACGAAUGGUAGAUCGACAAGGUUUCUCCACAGAGGCCAUUGGAGGGUCGAGGGGAAUUCCUUCAGCAGGAAGUGAUAGGUUUGGUAGCCCUGGCAGGGCUUCUGCCAACUCUAAUGCGCGCUUGGGUGGUGGUCUCAGGCCAGAGUAUCGGCCCAACGCUCUUAUGGCUGGCCUUGUAGACCGUGGGAGUUCCAGGGAGCCUGACAUUGGGCCUGGAAUGGGUCGUGCAUCUCACAGAAAUGUGAGCCAUGUAGACGAUAUGGAGUACUCAAGGGGUAUUAGGCCUGACAGCCGUUCGUCUUAUGAUGAUGCGUGGGACUUGCCGGAUGCAGAUAUUGUGCCCAGGGAUUCUAAACGGCUGCGUGUUUAUUCCGGAGGUGGAGCCGAUUCUCCUGGAUUCGAUCCUUGGUAUGAACAGCGUCCGCAACAAAGUUCUGAUAGUGGAGCUUACAUGGGCACCGGAGUUUCUAGUACUUAUGAACCUCUCCGCUUACCAGCUACACCAGAUUAUAAUCUUGGAUUGGGAGGCAGAUCCCGAGCAGGGCUUUCAGGUCCCGAGAGCAAUAUCGCUAUGCCUAUUGGAACCAGGUCAGGUGUUGGUGGGCAUGUACCUCCUCCUAAUUCUUUAGUGUUACCGAUAUCUUCUACGUAUGGAAAGCAUAACGUGGAGGACGUCAAAGGACCAGAAGGAUGGCAAUGGCACGGAACGAUAGCCAAAGGUGGCACGCCUGUAUGCCGCGCUCGAUGCUUGCCAGUUGGCAAGGGUAUUGAUGCAACUGUUCCAGAUGUUGUGAAUUGUACGGCGCGCACAGACCUUGAUAUGCUCGCGAAACAUGUUUAUCAGGCUGGAGGGUUUGGUGUGGUAUUUUUUGUGCCUGAAGGCGAUCCUGAUGUCCCACCAUAUCAGGACUUCAUGCAUUAUCUUGGGGAGAAACACCGUGCAGGCGUUGCCAAGUUGGCUGAUGGUACAACUCUUUUCCUUGUUCCUCCAUCUGAAUUUUCAGAGAAGGUAUUAAAGGUCCCUGGGGAUAAUUGCCUGUUUGGGGUCGUGCUGAAGUUUCAACAACCAGGGCCAGCACCGGUAGUAAAUUAUAACCCACCUGCACAGCAGCAACAGCAGGUUCCUUCUUUAGGACAGCAUCCUCCUUAUUCACAACAACAAUUACCCUCUCAACACACACCGAUCUCCCAGUCGCAAUAUCCACAAAACCAGGCACCCCCGCAGCAUGUACCCGGAAUUCAGGAACCUGCUCCGUAUCAAGGCUUUCAGCAUUCUCUCCCUCACGAUGGCCAACCUGCACAAACCGGAAAACCCACCUCUGUCGGUUUGAGUGAUGGUCUUCCGAGUUCUGUUUCAAACCCCAACUCAAACAGUACUUCGAUGUUGACGCAAUCUCAGUUAGCAAAUAUUGCCGGUUUGCCGGGCGUAUUGACCCCUGAGCUUAUUGCAUCUCUUACGGCUUUGCUGCCUAAAACGAACAUGAGUCAGGUUUCCUCAAGUGCCGACUCAAAUUUGGUGCCUCCUCUUGUCUCGAAGGGAUCGAAGACAUUUACUUCUAGUCCUGGUUUGCCAGUGGGGGGCGCACCAGCGCUAGGGGGCACUCAUCAAAAUGACGUGAGGCCCGUAUUUAGACCGUCUCAGAACAAUCCUCCAACAGAACCGGCACAGGGUUGGCAACAGCAGCAAAAUCAGCAAGAUCGAUCUCAAAUUGGAGUUUCUAAUUUCCAUCUUCAAGCUGCGGAUCAAAACUCCAUGUAUACAUCUCAACCACCUCAGCAACCGCACAAUCUUCAGCCAAAUCCGUCUCAGCAGCUUCAGCUUCAACAGGCUCUACAGCAACCACCGCAUCAAAACACUCAACUUCAAGGUCAGCCCUCUCACAUGGCAGGACCACCUCUCUCGGGACAAGGUUCUAGCUUUCCGGGUCCUCCAACACAUCCGCAAGGAUAUUCUGCUCCUGGUGUGCAACAAUUUCCACCACUUCCUCAAAUGCCUAGACCACCACAACAACCGAUGGGCGGUCCUCAACAGCACAUGGGAGCCCCACCGCAGCUUCCUAGUGAUCAAUUAGCUCAACUAACAGCUCUGCUCACUCAGCGGCACCAGCAGCCUUCGCAGCAACAGGCUGCUUCACAACUUUUGCAGCAGCAUUUUCAGCAGAAUACUACUUCUCAAUCAAGUGGCCUAGCUACUGCUGUGUCCCAACCCCAACAAGGUUUGGGCCCUCAGUCUCAGUCUCAACAGCAGCAACAUCAACCUCCCCUGGGGCCUCCUUCUCAACAGCCCCAACCUCCAAAUUAUUCCCAAUACUCGCAGUCCCCUUGGGGACAGGGCUCUGCUCCACCAUCCUCAGGUCAUGGAAACUCACAACUGUCCUCUCUCGUGCCCCAACUACAGCAGCAGCAAAACUCUUCAAAUGUCCAAUCUGGAAGUUGGGAAGGUUCUUUAUCUCAGGCAAGUGCUGGCGCAGAGCUACAGGCCUCAUCCCAGAAUCAGGGUGGUAGUGAAGCAGACGCUCAAACUAAGCGAUUUCAGGCAACAGUACAGCUAGCUGCUGCCCUUUUGCAGCAGAUGCAGCAACAACAAGGAAAACCUUCAGGAGGUCAAGAACAGCGUUGAUUAUUUGCUUGAGUGCUCUGCUGCAGCAUCCUCGUUGAUUGAAGAAGUGGAGUGUCCCAGUCCAUUUCCAUUCGAGACGGUUUGUCUCAUAUUGGCGCACGAGUUCGAAGAUAAUUUGUGUCGGCCUUAGCAUUAUCAUUCUGGGACCCCGUACAUGAUCGCUUUCUCGUAUUCUUUCUGCAGUUCCACCCGAAGUGCCCAUAAUCAUGCACAAUCUAUGGACGGCUCUCACUUACCGAACAUGGCGGCCUUAUUGCAGAGACUCACGAGGCUGGAGGUUGUGUUUUUGGAAUGACAUUUUGUAGGUGUACUUGGUAAGACGCGUUGGAAUGACAUUGUGGUCACAGUAGCUACAUCAGGUACAUCAUUGUGAACUGUUUCCAUACAUGUCGCGACUCAUACAGCGAUUUCUACAGUAAUACCCAGCAACACUCAUCAAACGUGAACCUGAAGUGUGAACAAUGUUUGUUGCCAAUGACAAAAUCCAUCAGACAACAAUUUGCAGGAGAUGAUGUACAUUCACAAGUUCUCGUGAUGAGUAUUGCUGGUGGGAUUUGGCCGAUCAAUUAAGGAUCUACAAUACGCACUGAGGAUUAAAACCCAGGCGGUAGUUCUGAUCACCGUUUGGUUCUUUUUAUUUUAUUUGUUCGUGUUGCCUCCAUUCUGACAGUUUGUCCUCACCUAGCUAGUAAUGUUCAAAUCUUAGCAGUUAUGCAGUAUUGUAGAGAUUUUAAAUUUCACUCCAGUAAGCAUUAGAGCUGCAGCACGAGGACUUAAUUUCACAGCAAAAUUUAGCAUUUUCCGCAGCACCUUUCCUUGAGUUUUUUCCCUUCAAAUCGUCAAGUAAACCUUUAGGUUGAUGCUACACCCUCAUCUUAUGCAUUUUGUGUUGUCAAAUUUUAUUACAUCAGUUUAUGUGAUAGGUCACCCCAGCUGAAACCAUGGUUUGAUAUGAGAAAUGAAAAUUCAUUUUGCUUAAA